GUCAUUAUCAAUCUUACCAACAACAAAAAAUAGUCAUAUCAUAGCUAGAUUUUGUAGAUCUCAAAAACCUUUAUCAUACACUCACACUCAAAUCUAGGAGAAGCAAUCUUUCUUUCUUCAACCCACCAACCAUGUCUUCUAGGGUUUCAAAUUCAAUCCUCUUUCUCACUCUCAUCACAAAAUCACACCACUCUCAAUUCCCACUCUCAUAAUAAUAAAAUCACCCUUCUUCUUUUUCUCAAAAACCCAAUUCACCUUCUUUCUAUUUAGGUUAAUUCUUCACGAUGAUUUCAUCUGGAAUCAACUUGGUUAUGACUAUAAUUGGUUUUGCUGUUAGCACAAUGUUCAUUGUUUUUGUCUGCACAAGACUCAUUUGUGCUCGAAUUCACUUGAAUGCUUCUAGAAGAUCUUUUCUCAUUGCUUCUAGAUCCAAUCUCAGCUUGGUUGAUGGAAAGGGGUUGUCAAGGUCUUGAACGCAUUGAUGUAGCUAAAUUUCCAGUUAAGAAGUACAGUGACAAGUUUUUUGCUGCUGGAGAAAAUUCUCAAUGCACAGUCUGUCUCUCAGAGUACCAAGGUGAAGAUACACUGCGUAUCCUCCCUCAUUGUGGACACUCCUUCCAUAUGGCCUGCAUAGACUUAUGGCUGCAGCAGAAUGCCACUUGUCCUGUUUGUCGAAUAUCAUUGCGUGAAUUUUCAGAGAGAACGCGAUCAAUGCAACCUGUAUAUAGCUCCUAUUACGGGAUGGAGUCCUUUGACACUCAUCAUUAUCACUGUAUCAUGACCGAUAAUGGAUUAUUGACAAGAACCUCUGAUAACCGUGGGGUUAACCCUAUACAAGAGGAUCACUUUCCAUCUGAGGAUGGUGGAGCAGUUGACAUGGACAGCAUCACCUCCUUAAGUCAGGGUGAUUUCAUUAAAGAUGAAGAGAAGAAGCAUGUCGAGAGCCCAUCAAAUUUAUAGGUCUGAUUGGUUCCUUUCAAAUCACUAAUUGCGUAAAGCUCAUGUCCCAAAAUUGGAAUGAAAUGUAUUAGCAUGUUGAAAGAUGGUUAUUUUCUUUACUUUUAUUUUACUGUAAAUAUAGCAAAGAAUUUUUGCCCCCUCUCACGGGGCCACCCUUUGCUGUCUCCUCCUUUGGUCUGUUCUUGAUCUUCAACAAAGCUAGGAUUUGAAACUCUCUCCCCAUCUCUCUCAUUUUCCUUGCUGUAAUUGUUGUUAAAGACUAGAACUAGAGUUAGUUGCGAUACAGCUGUCUUUGUCCCUGCAGACCAUUGUAUUAAUGCAAUUCAGAUUCACACAUUGCCAUUAA